AUGGCGUACGCAGCGAUGAAGCCAACGAAGCCGGGUUUGGAAGAGACUCAAGAGCUCGAGCAUAGGAUUCGUAUUACUCUCUCUUCUAAGAAUGUCAAGAAUCUUGAGAAAGUAUGUGCCGACUUGGUACGUGGUGCCAAGGACAAAAGGCUUAGGGUCAAAGGACCGGUGAGAAUGCCGACUAAGGUUCUUAAUAUCACUACUAGGAAAUCCCCCUGUGGUGAAGGUACGAAUACCUGGGACCGAUUUGAGCUUAGAGUACACAAGCGAGUCAUUGAUCUUUUCAGUUCCCCAGAGGUUGUGAAGCAGAUAACUUCGAUCACCAUAGAACCUGGCGUGGAGGUUGAGGUUACCAUAGCCGAUUCUUAA